CCGUUCCGCGCGCGCGAGAGGGACUUUCUCGCGUGAUCGCGCGGCGUACGCAGGAAUUCCGACAGGAAAACACGCGAAUUUAUUUUUCCGCUCCGAGGACGACGCUCUCCGAGGAGUCGUCCAAUACGAGGGGGGCGAGCGAUCGCGGGUUCCUGGCACGAUGUUGUGGUCCCCGCUACGCCGUGUUCCACGCUAAUCUGAAAUUUCAUCACCGGCUCCCCCGACAGAACCCCGUCGACCGGCAGGCUAGCCCGCGAGACCGCCUGUGCGUGCCCUAUUGGCGUGUAGUCCUGAGUCCUGGUGGAGGUGCACGUCAAGAGUCUGUGAUGGCGGCGUUGUUGAAGGAUAGGACACAAUUCACAUUCGAGGACAAAUGGCCGUACAUGCGUCCAAUUAUACUGAAACUGCUCAAGCAAGAGCCAGUGACGCAGGGGGAAUGGCAGGAUUUGUUUUAUUCCGUUCACGUAUGCCUAUGGGAUGACAAAGGGCCUCCCAAGUUGCGUGAUGCUUUGAAGGAUGAUAUAAUGGAUUUUAUAAAACAAGCUCAACAGAGAGUUUUAGCACACCAAGAGGAACAGGCAUUGUUAAAAGCGUACAUCGCCGAGUGGAGGAAAUUUUUUACCCAAUGUAAUUAUUUACCAACACCGUUUAGGCAACUAGAAACUUAUCUUGCGGGAAAAACUAGCUCCGGCGCGCAGAAAAAAAAUCAGCCCGAUGACAUCGUUAGAAAGCUAAUGUUGGAUAGUUGGAACCAAAGUAUAUUCAAUGAAAUAAAGCAAAGACUCCAGGAUGCGGCCAUGAAAUUAGUGCGAGCUGAAAGAAACGGCGAGGCGUUUGAUUCUCAACUUGUUAUCGGCGUCCGAGAAUCUUAUGUGAAUUUAUGUUCAAAUGCAACGGAUAAGCUUCAGAUAUAUAGAGAAAAUUUUGAGGCGGCGUAUAUACAGGCCACGGAAGCGUUCUAUUGGAUAAAAGCGCCAGAAUAUCUGUCUAUACACGGUGUAGAAAAUUAUAUGCGUUACGCUGAUUCGAAGUUGAGAGAGGAGGAGGCGCGUGCUCAGAAAUACUUGGAGCCGAAUACCGCGAGUAUGCAAAGAUUAACGGAUUGUUGCGUAAAAGUGUUGGUUGCGACUUUUAAGCCAGCGAUACUCGCGGAAUGCCCGCAAAUGAUUAAAGAGAAUCAAACUGACAAACUCCGCCUCAUGCUGAAAUUAAUGGACAGAGUGCCCGACGGCGUUAAUCCUAUGUUGAGAAAUUUGGAAGAACAUAUCGCGAACGCGGGUCUAGCGGACAUGAUGGCAGCUGUAGACGUUAUCACUCAAGAUUCCGAGAAAUACGUGGAAAGACUGUUAGAUCUUUUCCAUAGAUUUUCCACGCUCGUUAAAGAGGCAUUCGAUGAUGACCCGCGGUUUCUUACAGCACGAGAUAAAGCUUAUAAGCUCGUUGUGAACGACGCCACGGUAUUUAAAUUAGAAUUGCCUACUCGGCAGGGCUCUGGAAUCGGUGGCGCGUCCGUUUUAAAUAAUAGACCUAUUACUAAUAAUAACGGACUAGCCGAAUCGAAGUGUCCGGAACUCUUAGCGAAUUUCUGUGAUAUGCUUCUUAGAAAAACACCACUCAGUAAGAAACUAACUACUGACGAAAUUGAAAGUAAAUUGAAGGAUGUGCUGCUGGUGCUAAAAUAUGUUCAAAAUAAGGACGUAUUUAUGCGUUAUCAUAAGGCGCAUCUAACUAGACGGUUAAUAUUAGACACGACAACGGAUUCGGAAAAGGAAGAGAAUAUGGUAGAUAUGCUUCGUGAAGUCGGCAUGCCCGCGGACUUUGUUAAUAAAUUAGCCCGUAUGUUCCAAGAUAUUAAAGUAUCUCAGGAUUUGAAUCAACAGUUUAAAGAACAAUGUCGAGCUGCUAUUGCAGAUAGCAUAAAUAUUAAGAUUCUCAACGCAGGUGCAUGGGCCAGGGGUAGCGAACGUGUCACCGUGAGUUUACCGCUUCAGUUGGAAGAUUAUAUUCCGGAAGUUGAAGAAUUUUAUAAGAAAAAACAUAGCGGGAGGAAGUUGCAAUGGCAUCAUCACAUGUCGAAUGGCACGAUAACAUUUGCAAACAAAGUGGGACGCUUCGAUAUAGACGUAACGACUUUCCAAAUGGCGGUGUUGUUCGCCUGGAAUCAACGACCCAACGAAAAGAUUUCUUACGAGAAUCUCCGGUUGGCCACUGAGCUUCCGGAUCCCGAGCUAAGACGGACUCUGUGGUCUUUGUGUGCCUUCCCGAAGUUAAAACGGCAACUUCUUUUGGUGGAAUCGCAUGCCGCUACCCCGAAAGAUUUUGCGAACGAUACGAGAUUUUGGAUUAAUCAAGAGUUCGCUAUUGUAAAAAAUGGCAAAAUGCAAAAACGGGGAAAAAUAAAUUUGAUAGGACGUCUUCAAUUAUCAACGGAACGUAGCAGAGAAGAGGAUAACCAAUCUAUUGUACAACUCAGAAUAUUACGGGUUCAGGAAGCUAUCAUUCAGAUCUUAAAGAUGCGCAAAAGGAUCACUAACGCGCAAUUGCAGACCGAACUAGUGGAUAUAUUGAAAAAUAUGUUUUUGCCGAGUAAAAAGAUGAUAAAGGAACAGAUCGAAUGGCUGAUUGAACACAAAUAUAUUCGGAGACACGACGAUGAUAUUAAUACGUUUGUGUAUAUGGCAUAACACGGGAUUAUAUAUACAUGCGAGAUUGUUCCAGCUCUGUGGUUAAUAUUAUAUUUUUAUAAAAAAAAAGAUUUAGUUUUCUCAUGUGUGAGGAUACGUUCGAGUCCGUCGCGUCGCGCGAUUAUGUUUCCUCCGUUUUCUUACAGUGCAGUGAACAGAAAGAAAGGACGAUAUACUGUUGUAUUAACUUUUGAGAUACGAAGGUGAUAGGCCAAGUUGCAAUCAUUUCCACCCGACAAUUGCUGAUUUAUUAUACGUGAAUAAAGUGAAUAAUGUAUAGCAAAACUGGAGAAAGUGUCGCAAUAAUAAUAAGAUGUACAAUAUCGUACCAUGCAAACUAGCAUUUACCGUUUAUUUUGGCAUUGAUCUAUAUUAAUCUAAUUAGAGAAGAGAAAGUGGAUUAAAUUUAAAAAAGAAUUAUAUAUGUAUAUGUAUAUAUAUCGGUGGUAUUAUCACUACUUUAGUCGUUUAUACUCGCUAAAAAUAUAUUCCUGAAAUGUUUUUUUCUGGAAUCCGUAUUUUAAAUUUGUUAAAAGCCUUUGUUAUAUUAUCGAUAUUGUUACGCAAUAACAAUUUGGCACUAAAACAUCGAUAGAUCCUUGCACAAAUCUGAAUCAGUGCACGUAUAUAUGUACAUUGCAUUAAAUUCAAUCGUAAAUAAUAAAAAUUCGCAUAUACUUGAAUAAAUAUAUAUAUAUACACUAUAUAAUAUUUUACAUAUGGAUUUACUCGUCACUAAUUAGAUGUGGACUACUGCAAAACAUUCGUUCGGACAUUCUCUAUACAUUCUUGAUUUAUAGCCCUAGAAUUUAUAAUCAAAUUUGCGGACGGCGUUCGAAGAAUUAUUCAUAAUUUUCUUUCCGAAUUCACAUUAAAAGAAUAACGUCGUCUAAUCCGGCCUACAAUACUUUAAUGCAUAUAAGCAUAUAUACCUCGCAACACCAAACUUGAUUUCAAACGGUGAUAGAAAUAUAUGUGUAUUUGUACGAUGAUUUUUUUCUACAUCUGGAAUAGUCACGAUGAUUCGAAUUGUCGGAAUAAGUCAGAAAAAAAUAGUUAUUUAAGCAAAUAAUAACGAUGGUUAUAUGUAUAAAGCUUUUAUAUAACUUCAAUAAGUGAAAGACGAGUGUAAUGAUAUAAAAUCUCAAUGAAUUAAACGACAGAGUAUUUCA